AAACCCCUCACAGCUUCUCUCCCUCUACUCUCUCUUUCUGUCUCUCAAAUCUCAUCGGCGCUCCGCUCUCAACUCAACGACGAUGGCGAACCCGAGCUCCUCCGUUCCGGCGACGCCGGUGCUGAAGGACGAGCUGGACAUCGUGAUCCCAACGAUCAGGAACCUUGACUUUCUCGAGCAGUGGCGGCCCUUCUUCCAGCCCUACCACCUCAUCAUCAUCCAGGACGGCGACCCCACCAAGACCAUCAAUGUCCCCGAGGGUUUCGACUACGAGCUCUACAACCGCAACGACAUCAACCGCAUCCUCGGCCCCAAGGCCUCCUGCAUCUCCUUCAAGGACUCCGCCUGCCGCUGCUUCGGCUACAUGGUCUCCAAGAAGAAGUACAUCUACACCAUCGACGACGAUUGCUUCGUUGCUAAGGACCCGAGCGGGAAGGAAAUAAAUGCUCUGCAGCAGCACAUCAAGAACCUCCUGAGCCCUUCGAGUCCAUACUUCUUCAACACCCUUUAUGAUCCAUACAGAGAGGGAACUGACUUUGUUCGGGGGUACCCCUUCAGCCUCCGCGGGGGUGCUCCAACUGCUGUUUCCCAUGGCCUCUGGCUCAACAUUCCCGAUUACGAUGCUCCCACUCAGCUCGUCAAGCCUCUUGAGAGAAAUACUAGGUAUGUGGAUGCUGUGUUAACCAUCCCGAAAGGAACCCUCUUCCCCAUGUGUGGGAUGAAUCUGGCUUUCAACCGGGAGUUGAUUGGACCCGCCAUGUACUUUGGCCUCAUGGGUGAUGGUCAACCCAUAGGGCGCUACGAUGAUAUGUGGGCUGGGUGGUGCACCAAGGUUAUCUGCGACCACUUAGGUUUGGGGGUGAAAACUGGGCUCCCCUACAUCUGGCACAGCAAGGCCAGCAACCCGUUUGUGAACCUCAGGAAGGAGUACAAGGGCAUCUUCUGGCAAGAAGAGCUCAUCCCUUUCUUCCAGUCCGUGUCCCUUCCCAAGGACUGCACGAGUGUCCAGCAAUGCUACAUCGAGAUCUCGAAGCAAGUCAAAGCUAAGCUCGGGAAGGUGGAUGACUACUUCAACAAGCUUGCCGAUGCCAUGGUCACUUGGAUUGAAGCUUGGGACGAGCUCAACCCUUCAUCCUCAGCAACUGUGCACAAUGGAGCUGCAAAGUAGGGAAUUCAUUUUCCAGAUCAUUCGGCUAUCAUUGCUUUGAAACAGUGUUUGAGCCUUAAAGCUAUUGUAUCUUUACUAUUGAUUUCGCUGAUCCUUUAGCUACUCCACCGAGUGCCGGAGUAAUUUACUCAGCAGGUUUGAAAGUUUAUUAUUACUGUUAUGAUUCUUUUCCGAUAUAUGUUUAUCUAAUUAUGUGAGGCUAGACCAAUAAAGAGGCUGGUGAUUUUGUACCGAACUAGAUUCAAAUAGGAUUGAUUGUGAUUCAGCUAUCUAUUUAUUUGAGAAAGGAUUGACAA